GAUAUCACUAGAAGAGUUAUACAGAAUCAUCAACAAAAAGUUCUUUUGCAAUAAUAAAUUUUUUGAAAGAAAUUGUUACAGUUUUAACUACAUAUGUAAAUUUGUAUUAGCGUUACAACUUGAAAGUCUGUCAAAUAAUUAUAAUUUUUUUUAUUGAAAUCUAAGGAGUAAUAUUAAACAAAUAAACAAUAUAUAAGUGUAAAGAAGGUGCAGUGAAAAUUUGACAGCUUAGAUACAUAUGUAAAUGCUUUUAUUUAAGGUUUAUGGUUAGGAUGAUCGCAACAAAGCCAAUUGAUUGCAACUACGUUAAUUGCAAUGGAUUUUUCUACUUACACUGACACUUUUUCUAAAAACUGUGCGGCUAUUCAUCGAAAGCCCAUCGCCCCCCGUCGACCAGUGGGAUGGAGAGCUCAGCUAGUUUGCCUAAUCCAUCCACACUGAGUGAAAAUCCCUCGACGUCUCUCAUUUCACAAUGGUGUGACGUUGGCCAUACAUUUUGGAUUUUCUCCAUCGUGCUUCGACUAACGACUUACAAGUUAUACUUGAAGCAAUUAAAACGCCCAAGUCGGAGCAUGUUCGUCCCAUUGCCCUGAAAAACUACAUUCAAGCGAAUAAACAGUUGCUCAUAACCAAAAUUUAAUAAAUGCAAUGUGAAUUGAAGCAAAAUGAAGAUAAAGCAGGAAUGCUUGCGGUUUCUACAACAAACUCAACCGAUCAGUAACCAAUGAUAAUACAUACAGUAAUUAAAGUGCCACCGAGAUAAAUCAAUAAUGGAUACGUUCGAUGUAUCGAAUCGAAACAGCUGGUAUUUCGGCACAAUGUCUCGCCUGGAUGCUACCGAAGUGUUAAUGAAUGAACGUGAUCGUGGUGUGUUUCUAGUACGUGAUAGUAACUCCAUCGCAGGUGAUUAUGUGUUAUGUGUAAGAGAGGACACUAAGGUUAGCAACUAUAUUAUAAACAAGAUACAACAACAGGAUCAAAUUUUCUAUAGAAUAGGUGAUCAGCUAUUCGAAAAUUUACCAAAACUUUUAACUUUUUAUACGUUACAUUACCUUGACACGACGCCACUUCGACGCCCUGCUUCAAAGAAGCCAGAAAAGGUUAUUGGCAAAUUCGACUUUGACGGCAGUGUAAGCAGAAACGACCAAGACGAUCUACCAUUCAGACGUGGUGAGAUCUUGACUGUUAUCCGUAAAGACGAGGAUCAGUGGUGGACAGCAAAAAAUCAGCAAGGGCAAAUUGGUCAAAUACCUGUACCUUAUGUUCAAAGAUGCGAGGAAAAUACAGAUGAUAAUUGCAUUGAUCGACCCCUGUCGAGUAUAAGUAACUGUGGUAACCCUUUGGGGCCUAGUAAUAGUCUUCGUUCUCCACUUCUGGCGAAUGUCACCUGCAAAAGUGAUGCCACAGAAUCUUUAAUUACUGCAAAUUGCCACCAGUUAAGCAAUUCUCUUAAAAAAUCCGACCUACAUCGAAAGCUACCAGCCUAUGCUCGCGUGAAACAGGCACGUGUACCCAACGCUUAUGACAAAACAGCAUUAAAACUGGAGAUUGACGACGUAAUUAAAGUAACCAAAACUAACAUAAAUGGUCAAUGGGAGGGGGAGCUAAAGGGCAAAAAGGGGCAUUUUCCAUUCACACACGUUGAAUUCAUUGAUGAUUGCGAUCCACUACAUAGUCCCGAAAGUAAUACGACGGAGGCACAUUCUGUGCAAAGCACAAAAAAUGAUUGGGGGGAAUAAGUUAUUUGAGGAAUUUCAUUUCGCAUGUUUUCCUGCGAUGUUUCUCCUUAAUAAAUCAGAACACAAAAAUGCAAAAUAAUGAAUAUGAAAUUUGUUAGUUAUACUAAAGAUAAAACUAGAAUACCAUUAACAAUGAGACAUGAUUAUUUUUUGGAAUAAACAUGAAAACGAUAAAAAAAAAUUUGAAUGUGGAACGUAUUUCUACGAAAGGAUUAAUCUAAUUAAAAAAAAAAUAAAUAAUUGGCGCGUACACUUCUGUUAGGUGUUUGGCCGAGCUCCUCCUCCUAUUUGUGGUGUGCGUUUUGAUGUUGUUCCACAAAUGGAGGGACCUACAGUUUCAAGCCGACUCCGAAUGGCAAAUAUUUUUAUGAGGAGCUUUUUCAUGGCUGGAAUACACUCGGAGGUUUGCCAUUGCCUGCCGAGGGAUUAAUCUAAUUACAAUAAAAAACUAAUAUAAAUUUGAAAAACACUAAUACAACGGCGACCGCCGCACCGAAUGGGUUGGUGCGUGACUACCAUUCGCAAUUCACAGAGAGAACGUCGGUUCGAAUCUCGGUGAAAUACCAAAAUUAAGAAAAACA